AUGCAAUUCUUCUCUCUCGCUCUUCUCGUUGCUGGCGCCAACGCCGCUGCCUUGAAUGUCCGGGGAGGCGGUGGUGAUUGGGGCAAAACCUGCGUUCCUGUCACCAGCUAUGUGACCGACACUGUCACCACCACUGCCUACCAGACCGACUAUGUGACUGUCAAGGAGUACAAGACUGUUGUCAACACCGUCACCGACACUGCCACUGUGACCACUACGGAAUACAAGCCCGUGUACAAGACAGAAACCAUCACUGACACCGCCACCACCACCAACACCGCCUAUAUCACUCCUGCCCCAAUCAAGGAAUAUGUCACCGUCACUGCUCCAUGCUCAAAGACCUGGGCCGACUGGUCUUAG